GAUUGGCUUCAUAAUUUAAAUUCUUAAAUCAAUUAAUUAGCCAGCCAGUUCAUGAGAAUGCAUUUGUACACACAAGUGUAGUGAAUACAAACUGCUCCUGAAAACUGAUCAAAAUUGUUCUUAUCACCUACUCAACUGUAUUUUGACUGUUCAAAAUUUAAUAUCACUUUAAAAACAAUACUGUUCCCCCUUAGUAGUGACGACAUAUACUCUUAUUAUUCUUCUUCUUACUAUUAUUAUUGCUAUCAUUUUCCCCGUAGUGCACGAGGACCAAGUUUAUUCAAAAUGAGAUGAAUUCAUUAUGAUGUGAAAUACUGGUGAACUUUGCAUGAUAAUAAGAGGUAUUUCAAUAAUUCCUUUAUUAAUAUAUUCAUUUUAGUUAAUGUUAUAAUUGUAAAGAUUUUUAACAUUAUACAUCCAUUAUUUUCAGUUUAAUAUGUCGAAAAACGUGGAGAACUUAAAACAAGAACAUACUCAAGACAAUUUAUCUGAUGAAAAAUUCACUCUUUAUCAAGAUAAAUAUGAAGCACUAUACUUUAUGGAUUCAACAAAAGAAUUAUUUCAUCCACUGUCUGGAUCUACUUUACCGACGUCCAUUAUUGAUGUGAACCAAUUGAACACAUCAUCAUCAGUAACAAUAACACCAUCUGUAGGUGUGCAUUCACAGCCUGUACGUAAUUUUCUACCCUCUGAUCAGUGUCUUGGUAAUUCUUUGUCUACAUAUGAAUAUGUUAUACGUACAAACUGUUUAACAGAGAAUUUAUCAACCAAUCCACAGUCAUCAUCAUCAUUUCAGACACUGCCUACUACUAAUCCGGUGAAUUCAUCUGAUUCACCAAUUGACAAUAAUCAUACAAACGGCAAUAUAAAUUUAUUAACCAAUGAACAAUCGACAACAUCCCCAUCUAAUAUGAACAUUAAAAUAAACAAUUAUACGAUAAAUAAUGACAGUCCACAUGAUUUAAGUUAUACAAAUUCUACUACGCCUGUUUCUCAGUCAUCACAUUUUAAAUCAACCAAUGAAUGUAGUUCACAGGAUAUCGCUGAACAUUUAGGUAUGACAUACAUAGAUGAAAAUGGACAAAAUCAUAUUAUAACAACAUUAUCACCACCACCACAAACACAGAUUAACCUAUCAAAAUUAAAGUUACAACGUCAACAGUUACAACAACGACAACUUCACGAAGAGUUGCAACGUACACAAGAUUCACGCAGAGAAAUUAACUUCUUAUGUAAUCAAGUCAACAAACCUAUGAUAUCACCCUCUUUAAAUGACUACAUCAGUAAUACUGACAAUUAUAACAGUACUCACAGUUCCCUUCAUGAAACACAACAUUUACCACCUGUCAAUAGUAUUUCAGAACAAUUUCUAUCAAAUUUAUCAACUGAUUUAAUAAUAAAUAAUUCAUCAAUCGAUUCAACAGUUGCAGCUGCAUCUAAUGUGAUGAGUUAUAUUCAUCAGCAUGGUCCAUUAAAUUAUGGUACUGCAGAACAGUUGAAGAAUUUAAAUUAUUUAGAUAUACGUACUCUCAAUCAUUGGAAUACAAUUGAUUUUAGUUUAAAUGGAAGUAUAGAUCAUACGACAAAUUAUCGUGAAUCACAGGUAUAUAAUCCUAAUAAUAAUAAUACAAAUAACAAUGGUAUUAACAGUGAUGCUAAUAAUCGUAGUAACAAUGUUAUAAGUACAACGAAUAAUGGUAUAUUGAGAAUAGAUGAAGCUAAUAAUUUGCUUAAGCUACAUCAACACUAUCAACAAAAUCCAUUGCAAUCACAACAUCAACAACAACUUCAAACUGUGAACAAUUCGAUAUUAUCAAACUCUAGUGCCUUACAAAUGGAUAGUUUAAAAACUUAUAAUGGUUUGAUAACUGCAUUCAGUGUUGAAGAAGUUAGAUCAGGAUUUCAAGGAAAUAAUGAGCUUAAUCCUAAUUCUAUAACAAAUAAUAAGAAUUCAGAAGCUGCCCUUAAUGUUGCUGCUGUAGGUGCUGCUAAUUCGUCGGAGAAUGAUGAAAAUGAUGUAAAUAUGAAAAAUACUACUGACAGUAUCAAUAUUUCUGCGAAUACUGAUAGCAACAACAGUAUUAAUGAUAAUAAUAAUAAAAGGUCUACGUCGUUCAUAGAAAAUUUAAAUUUCAGACCACAACAACAAAAAUGUUAUAGUUAUAAUCAUUCUGAUGGUAAUUUUAAACCUGAAAUAAAAAAUUCAACACCAGGUAUUCAACAUAUGCAAGGACAUCCAUGUCGUUCAGUGCUAAUGAAUAGCUCAUUGGGUUCAUCACAUAUGAAUUCCGGACCAUUUAAUUUACAAAAACCAAUGUCUAAUAUGCAUUCUAGACAUGAACUAAUUUCGCAUUCUAUUCAAGAAAUGGAAGAAAUCAAUACGAAAGUAUUAGCCCAGCGUAUCAGUGCUGAAUUAAAACGUUACAGUAUUCCACAAGCUGUUUUUGCUCAACGUGUUCUAUGCAGAAGCCAAGGUACACUGUCUGACUUAUUAAGAAAUCCUAAACCAUGGAGUAAACUAAAAUCUGGGCGUGAAACAUUCCGAAGGAUGUGGAAGUGGUUACAAGAACCAGAGUUCCAACGAAUGUCGGCUCUACGCUUAGCUGAAUCUGAUCCGAGAUACGCGGGCCCUACAACAUGUAAACGCAAGGAACCUGAACAAAUCAAACCCUCAGAGAAUCGUCAGCCUAAAAAACCACGUCUUGUCUUUACUGAUAUACAAAGACGAACAUUACAUGCAAUUUUUAAAGAAACUAAACGACCCAGUAAAGAAAUGCAGUCCACCAUAGCUCAGCAACUGGGAUUAGAGGUUUCAACAGUAGCAAAUUUCUUUAUGAAUGCACGUCGUCGGUCAUUAGACAAGUGGCAAGAAGAUACAAGUAAGGCAUCAAGUACAGCUAAUUCUCCAUCGGAUUCUCCAUACAGUCGUAGUGGGCAAGGUCAACAAUCAAGUAAUAACAACAAUUUAUGUUAUGCGAAAGAUGAAGAUGCUGGUAAUUGUACUGCAUAUUCCCCACCAUCUAGACCUCAACUUGGACAUUCAUUGCCGACUUCUGCUCCAGUUCCAACAAACAAAACAUCUGAUAUUAGCUUUAUUUCAGGAAAUCGUAUUGACUUAGAAAGAAUAACACAUAAUAAUAGUUUAGCUGUUUGUAGCAGUUUUACAAAGCCUAGUAUAAAUCUUAUUAGAACAUCAACAAAUAAUAACAAUGGAUUAUUCACUGCUUUGCAAAGACGCAAUAAUCCAGGUAGUAAUUUGAACCAUUCAGGAAAUCAUACAUUUAAUGCGCUGAAUAAUGCUGAUAGUCAUUCAGCUGUUCCAAAUGCUCUUUAUACAUCACAUCAACAAGAACAACAAACAGGUACACAAGAUUUACCAAAUAAUUACCCAGUACAUUUACCACCACAAAUUCAGCAUCCACCUCAACUUCAUAAUCACCAUCAUAUACAAGGUCUAUCACAUCCCUUAAAUAGGCAGACAGCAACGGCAGCACCAUCACAAUCAGCGUCAUCACAUCAGUUAACAUAUCCCAUGGAUACUUUAGAUCGUAAUGAAAAUUGUACACAAAUUCAUUCAAAUGGUAACAUUAAUUUAGAUAAUCAUAUACGUGAAUCAGUCUACUCGUACAAUAAUUCUCACAUUAAUUAUGUAUUCCCUGUAACAGGUAGCCUUCAUUCUCAUCAUCCAUCACAUAUAAAUUUACUUCAUCCCAAUACUAAUACAAAUAAUAGUAUUAGUAAUGUCAGUAAUACUAAUAGUAAUCCGAAUGUUAAUAUACCUAAUAUGAAUGGAACAAAUACACUAAGAAAUCAUUUUUUAAUGCAUGAUUUAACUGGGAGCUCACAAUUUGAUCAUCGUUUCUUAAGUACAAUGACUAGUGGGCAUAGAGCGUUAACUGAACAAGCUUUAGAACUAUGUUCAUCAUUAGCUGCAGCGAAUGCUAUUUCACUGAAUAAUACGACAUCGAACAUCAAUUGUACGAGUAAUACCAAUCAUACAACAAAUGAAAAAUUAAAUCAUUUUCAUACUAAUUCAGGUACUAAAAUUACACAUGAAACACAUGAUCUAAACGAAGUUAGAUAUAAUAAUAAUACUAAUGGCAUACAAUCUAAUAAUAAUAAUAUCAAUGGUAAUAAUAAUAAUGGUAAUGACAAUGAAGACGAUGAUGGUGAUGAUGAUGAGAAUAUUAAUCCACUGAUAAAUAACUCCAGUAAUGACAAUAACCAUGAAAACAGUAAUAAUAAUGAUACUAAUCAGCAGCAACAUCAAUUAGAUUUAUUAACGAAAACAAAUUUAUCAUUAGAUGAAUGUAAUCAAUUGCGUUUACAUGCAUCAAAUCACUUUUCAAGACGCAAUUAUUAUGCAACAACUGAAUUUAUUGAUCAAAUGAAACAAAUAAAUGAACAAAGAAUAAUAAAGAAUGAAGAGAGUAAUGGUGAAAAUAGUGAUGAUAAUAUGGUGAAUAAUGAUUUUCAUUGUGUUGAAGACGUAAUGGAUAAUAAUAAUAAUAAUGAAUGUGAUGAUGCGAAUUUUGAAGGAAGUGAUAUCAAUGAUGAAGAUGAAGAGGAUGAGGAAGAUGGCGAGUUUGACGAAGAAGAUGAGGAGUAUCAGGAUGAUGACAGUGAUGUCGAUGAAGUUAACAGACAGGGAAAUGAAUGCGUUAAACAUAGUUUAAACUCAGAUUCCGAUGAUUAAUUUAUGUUUAUGACUCUAAAUAGGUAUCAAAAUUAAGUAGAAAUGAAGAGAGUACACUUUUUGUAAUUCACUUGUUUAUUUUUUAUGUGAAAAUUGAAUAUUGUUCCUAUAGUUUCAUAUUAAAAGAGCUAGAAGUAUUACUUCAUUUAAAGUCAAUUGAUGACAUUCGUUAUUAUGAAUACUUUCACCCUUCAUGGCUUUAUUUACUGUUUGGGUUUGAUUCAUUCAUGUUGUCUAGAUAUCGUUGGUUGGAAAAACUUCUUUAAUAAAUAGUCUGUUGAUUAAAUUCUCACCGUCUUAUUUUCAAAACGUUUAUUUUUAUAUUAGUUGUUCACAUUUAGAUAAAUUUAUUUCUUUGGUUCUGUUUAUCUAUUUGUCUUUUCUGUCUAUAGUUAGCAUUUUCUAAAAUAUCCCAUUGCUAUUUGUUACUUUGUCUGUUUAAUAAAUUAUUUUCAUUUAAGAAAAUACUCUUAUGAAUAUGAAAGACAAAAAGGUAGAAGGAUAAUAUGACAGGAAAAAAGGAGUAGCUGAAUAGUCUUUCAUUAAUAGAAGUGCAUCAACAAUCAUAUACAAUUCUUGUCUGUAGAAUGUAGUAGAAAUCACUGUCAUAUUUGUUCGUAAUCAUUUGUUUAUUUAACUAUUGGCUUAUGCUUAUAUACUCAUAUGUAUAUAGGCUCUUAUUAGUAUUAUGUGUGUAUUAUUUCGCAAUCUGAAUUUUUUUGCCUCUUUCUCGUUAACGAUAGAAAAACAUUAAGAAGAAAAUACCUGUACAAUGAGCUGGUUUUCUCUGGUCUUUCUUAGUCCCCUCUUUUUACUCGUAUAUAGAGAUUAAACAUUUAAAAAUAAACACCCUAAUAAAAAAAGAAAAAUUCACUAAAAGUAGUCUUUAAUGAUAUGAAUGAAAAAACGGAGAAAGUUCAUCAUCAAGAUUAGUAAAAUUAUUCUUAUGAAUAACUGAAGUAGUAUGAAUCCUAAACAGAGAAGACACCUUUUCCACGAUAAACCAACAGGAAGUCAAAACCCUAAAAAAUUUGUUUUUCUGAAUAAAAGAAUUAAAUACUUAUAAAAAUAAAAUUAAAAAUAACACAUACGUAGGUAAAUGUAUGCAUAGUCUGCCAAAAUGAUCAAUAAAUAUGAGUACUGUAAAUCUGAUGUUCAUAUCUCGGUGGUUAUAACAAAUAUGCUUACGUGUACAUUAGGAAAUAUAUAUAUAUAUAUAUUUACUGAAUAAUAAUUGUAAAUUUCAAAAACGUUAAUUGUUUUAUCUCUUUUAGUGGAAAAAAAUACAAUAGCAAAAGGAGAGAGAUUUUUACAGAUUAACACAUUAUUCUUUCCGUUUUCGAUUUUUCUUUAAAAGACGAUAUAAAAGUUGAAAUUAUCGAAUGAUUUCUUUUGUUGGUGCUGUUGCUGUUGUCGUUAAUCCACUUUUCUAAUAGGCACCAAACUUUCCUUUUGUUUUCUCUUCAUAUUUUUCAUAUCCUUAAACUUUGUGUUGAUUCAUUCCCUUCUUUUUGUGUAACAAAUAGCUGAUAAUAAAAAUAUGUUAUUUAUUUAUUAUUUUUUAAUUAUUUCCACUUUUUGUGAAUGAUGAUAAGGUUUAUGGUUCAAUUUCUGUAUCUUGA